UGUCAAUACAACCAAAUGUACCGGGACAAGGGAUGACUUAUAACCCUAAUUGAAGUGAAGAGCAAGGUAACGUGAAUAUGGACAUUGAAAGAGAUGACUUCAUGCACUUUGAAGAGCCUGAAUGCCUUAAGAGAUUCCCUUCAAAUGAAAAUUUUGAUGAAGAUGAAGCCCUUUUACACAGCUUUGGGCUAAAAACUAAUGAGUGAAUAGAUGAAGAAGAAGAUUGAGAUAUUGAGAAUAACUUGGAGAAACUUGAUUUCACAACUACUAAUUUAUUUCCAGAGUCUGAACAGCUUGGAAUAGCCAUAGACUCGAGACUGCAAGAUGACUUAGAGAGGCUUGAUGCCUCUAUUAGUCAAAAUCUUGGCCAAUACUGACAGAAUACUGACGAAAUAACUGGAUGAGUACAAAAUAGUGGCCCAUUCAGUGAAAAACAGGCCUUAACUGUUAAAGAAAAUGAAUGCGUUGGAAAAGAGGCCAUUCCUAGCCUCAAGGGCUGUAUAGAAGAAGGUCAGGAAAUAGAACCCGAAGGAGAAGAAGACCUUAAGGGCUCAUCGAAGGAGGUGAGAUGGAGGAAGGAGGAUGACAAGAACCUGUUCUCCACUUAUAGAGCAAUUUGACGGCAUUCAAUGAUGAAUUUGAGAGAUGUCAUCUCGACUCCAUUGAGAAAGAACAAAAUUCAUAAGAAACUAAUCCUUGAAGUAGCCAAAAAGGCAAAAUGGAAAGGAAAGAUAUCGAUGCUUGUGCGAAGGCUUCAAAAGAUACUUAACAAUAACAAUCUUUCUGUACGCGAGAAGCAGGACCUGACCAGAAUGUACAAAAAGCAAGUUAAAGAAGGGAACAUAAAUUGGGAGUCAAUGCUGCACGAGUUUCCUGGAAAGACCUUGAUAUACGUGCAGGAGUUCUGAAAAGAUAUCAAAGUAAAGAUCCACCCAGACUUUCCGGCAAUAAAAUCAGAAGAUUUUAAAUUCAAAAUUGCCUUCUAUGAAAGCUCUACUAGAAGAGCUUUCAAAAGAGUCAAAGAGAAAGAUGAGGAAGAGAAGGAAGAGAGGGAUGUUAUUCUUUAACUCUUUCUCUUAGGGAUAUAUUCUCUGCAUUCUCGUAUUAAAUUAAAUCAAUAACUUUCUUAAAAGUAACAAUAUUGC